AAGAAAAAAAUGUGGAAUAUGAUGCUAAGAAGAUUAUUUAAUAAGACUUUUAUUAAGACUCAAAAAACGCAGAUCUACAAACAUUGGGAAUCAGGCGCAAUUACUUUUAAAAUAAAUAGUAUGUGUACUGAUACUAUGAAUUUAGAUUCCUUCUCUGUAGAAGAUGAGAAGAAAAUUCUCCAAGUAAUAAAUUCCAAAAGGAUGGAAGAUCUACUUCAGUAUUCCAUUACUAAGAAACGUGCAGAGAAUUUAGAAUGCCAUCGUGCAAAUAAUGGACCAUAUAAGUCAUUGGAAGAUUUAUUACAAGUUAAAGGUAUAAAUAACAACUGUCUACACAAGUUCUACAAGUCUAUCAUAUAUGGCAACAAAGGAACGCCUAAGAAAAUUACACGAGGCUUAAUUCUAACACCAAAAGCUAACGACCAGAAGGAUGUUAAUACAGUAUUAGGCGUAUACAUAGGGUCAGAUAUGAUAAGUUGGUCAUUGUUAAAUCGCGAUUGCGAAGUAUUACAAUGGAAUUACAAGUGUUUUCCACAAACUAAAUUAAAAGGGAACAUUCAUUCUUUACUUCAAAUAACAUUACCAAUAGCUGAAAAAUUACCAAAGGCUGAUCGAUAUGUACUGCAGGAUAUUGUUGGUAACAUAGGCCAUCAUAAGGGCCAAUCGGCUUAUCAGGCUUAUGUACAAGAAUCUGUGGUUAACGCUAUUAUUCUGUCAUAUUUGUCAACAUCAAAUAGUAAAUUUAACAAUAGCAUGGAAUUUAUAACAAAUAACAUCUUUAUAUUGCGCAAGCGUAUUUUACCAAAAAUCUAUGGACUCGUAGUUGAUAAGGAAAAUAUAGCUACAAAAUAUAUGAUGGACAAACUACUGCAAGAAAGCGAUAGAUUAAAGAAAACUAAAGAACGCUUGCCGAGCGUAUUAAUAAAUACAGAAUUAAAAAAUAUGUACAACACGCAAACUCCUAUCUAUCAAGAGCAAAUUAGUUGGUCUUUAUUGAUAGCGUUAGCUUUUCUAGAAUUGGUUGUACAUCAAAGAACUGAUAUGAUCCUUCGUAGUGAUAUAUAAAGUCCAUUACUUAUUGUUAUCUAAUAAUAUCAAGAGAAUUAUUAUGAUCGAUGAAUUUAUUUUGUAAGUUGAUAUUAUAUAUAAUCGUUAACAGAUAAAGAAUAUUUUUUUUGUAAAUUUCAAUUUUAGAAGGAAAGAUAAAUCUGAAGUUAUCAGUUAAAUUUGUAUCUUUAUAAUCGAGAAAGACACAUUGCCUCGACGCUUCAAAUUGUCCUUCCAAUAUGUAUGUUUGAUACAAAUAUAAAUAGAUAACACAAAAGGAUCUUAAAAAAGGAUAUGUAUAUAUUUAUAAAUUUCAGUAUGUGUAAGAUUAUCUAAUUCUGAAAUUUUACUAGAGUUUCCUAAGUAAUACAAAGAAUUGGCAAUUCUCGUAAUAGUCGAUUCAGGAAAUGUUGUAUUUCAUGAAAAUAAUUAUAUAAAAUUAUUGAUGAAAUUGUGAGAGAAAAAAUUAAGAAUACGCGUAAACCUGGGAGAAUUACCAACAAUAAUGACAAAAUACGAUAGAUAUCUUUUUAUACAGGUCCAUUCAUUUAUUAUAUCCUCACGUUUUAUCAUGCUAUCUAUUUAUACCAUGUGUUUAUUGUUGCUCGCUGCUCGGAUACAAACUCGCAUCGGUUUAUGUGAGAUUUUGUAUAGCAUAUUCCACGGCAUUUGCGACAAAAAUAGAAUUAUCCGAGCGAUGAUUCGCAAAACGAUGGAGCGAGUAUACGAGAGCAAGACGAUGAGCGGUGGCUGCCUCGUAGAUUUCAUACGAGAAGCUUCUUGAUGAAGUGAAUAUACAUCUUCAUACAUUCUGUACAUUUUGUACAAAAUUCUUUUCGUACUUGACAUACACGAUGCUCGACUCGUGAGAUACAGUUACGGGAGACAUUUAAACGCCGCUGCUUAAUUGAACAGUGAUUAAAAUGUGUGUAAAAAAAAAAAA